CGGUUUCCCAGCCCUGGUAGAUUUAGGAUUUUAGGGUUCAUCCAGAUUCCUAUAUAAAUCACCUUAUGGCCGCCGCUGACCAAGAAUCCAGUGUUGAAGCAAGGAUGAACAGCAUCACCGAAACACGACAGUUUGCAGUCCAAGUUCAUCACAAUAGAGCAAACUACUACCGCAGCAGUUCCGGCGUGGACAUACUUCCGAUCAGAUUCAAAUGGGCCAAGGUAACUGUAAACUACAAUCCAAGUAUCCAAGGUUAUGAUUGUGAACCUCCAGAUAUUUUAUCCAGACGUACUCUUAAGCUGCGGUUCUCGAGGGAGAGGGCGAGUGGGAGUGCAAAGAUAACGGAGAGGAGGUUGGCCAAGUACAGAAGGGUCAUAGCUAGGUCUCCGACGGAAAUGGACAAGUUACAGAUGAAGCUGGCUAGGUUUCUGCGCAGCCCUGUGGGUAUUCCCGAAGAUAAGCACCCGUUUAUUAUUGUACAUAUAUUGGAUAUGAUUGAAUUAGCCGACCCAGAUAAAAUUAUCGAUGUACACUUGAUGGACGUAACUGUUAGAGCUACGGGGGAAUUCGCGCACUUAAACGUGGAAGACAAUUACUACAGGCUCACGCUUAUUCCGGCAUCCGAAGCAUUCAUUCAAGGUUUGCAGCAAGUGAGACUCGUUGAGCAUGACAGUUUGGAAAUGCUUGGUCUGGAGACAUCGUGCGCUGUUUGUCUGGAUGCCUUUGCGGACACAAAAGAGAUCACCAUCGCUCGCUUGCCCUGCUUACAUUAUUAUCAUCAUCAUUGCAUUGUCGAGUGGCUCAGGAUCAAUCACGUCUGCCCCAUUUGCCGGCACCCUAAUGCCCCGAUUAGAUGCCCGGGGUCAUCAAGGGCCAGAAGAAUCAGUAUGUUAUUGAGUGACACAGAAAUUUGCCUUGCCUGAGAAACAAAGGCCUUAUUUCCUCCCAUAUAUAAUGCUCCGCAGCUAGCUGCUGCGACAGACUAUUCAUUUGAAA